AUGGGGGAAGAUCACCGGCGGGAAGCAGGAGGAGACCUGGAGGUGGAGCCUGGGCAGGGCCACAUAGGGCUCUUUGUGGAGGCUGAAAGGCUGGAACGAGCAGCGGAGCCUGCAGACGGCGGAGGUCAAUGGGAGGGCUCAUACAGGAAACACUUUGCUCAUACAGAGGCCAGCCCUCAGCCGCCCAACAGCUCUGUACACAAGGCAGCACAGCUGGCUCCGGGGGUCACGCUCCUGCAAGCCCUCGGCAUAGAGGUGAUCGUCUCCUUCCAGCUGGUCCUCUGCAUCCUCGCCACGUCCGGGAGCAAGAGAGACCCUUCCAAGGGCGGGCACCUGGUCAUCGGGCUCUCUGUCAUGCUGGGGCACCUGGUUGCCAUCGGUUACACCGGAUGCAGCAUGAAUCCUGCCCGGUCACUGGGCCCCGCUUUGAUUACUUUUGAAUUUGCUAAUCACUGGGUCUUCUGGCUGGGCCCACUUGGCGGGGGUCUGGCUGCGGCCAUUCUCAACGAGCUGCUGCUGUUCCCGACAGGCAGCGGUUUCCGCCAGUGGCUGACCAUGCUGCAGGAGGGACCAAAGGCUGAGCGCAACCUGCAAUCCAAGGCUGAGAGCACCCCCCAAGAGAUGGGAUUGAGCGAGGUGCCCUGAGGAGCAAGGCCAGCGACGUACCAAGAACAAUGCAGUCUCGUGUCUGGGGACUGAUGGACCAUGGGAAGUGUCCAGGAUGCUACCUGUCGCUGCCCCUGUGCUCAGAGCUGGAAUGUUUGCUAGGUUUAGAUCAUUGGGGGCAUAUUUCUUUUGUUGUCCUCUAAAACCCAGGGUGGAAAUGGUUUGAUUUUUUUUUGUGCCCUUCCCAGUUUCCCGCCCAG